UAUAAUUUGGCCUCCAAAGAAAGAGGAUACAGCAUAGCCAUGGAUACACCAGGAACAUAUGUAUGUCAUGAUCAAGAGGAACCAAUAGCUUCCAAUUUAUUACCUUCCAUGUUGUCUCAAAUUCCAGUAAUUGAUAUGGAAAUGUUGUUGGCUAGUGAUCAUUCACAACUUGAAAAACUUCAUCUUGCUUGCAAAGAUUGGGGAUUCUUUCAGAUGAUGAAUCAUGGAGUGAGUUGUUCACUAUUAGAGAAAAUGAAAUUAGAACUUCAAGGGUUCUUCAAUCUACCUAUGGAAGAGAAGAAAAAGUUUUGCAAAAUUGAAGAAAGUAUGGAAGGAUAUGGAGAGGUUUUAGUGUCAUGUGAUGAACAAAACAUAAACAGGUGGAUAGGCAAACUUUACAUGGUCACUCUUCCUAUCCAUUUGAGAAAACCCCAUUUGUUUUCCAACCUUCCCAUCUCAUUAAGAGACACCUUAGAAGAAUACUCAACUCAAUUGAAGGAACUUUCGAAAAAAAUAUUCAAUAUAAUGGGAGAAGCAUUAGGAUUGAAAGGAGAAGAUUUGAGUGAAGUUUUUGAUGGAGGAGAGCAAGCAAUGGCCAUGUAUUACUAUCCUAAGUGUCCUCAAGAAGAUGUUGUUAUGGGGCUAAACCCCCACACUGAUCUUGCUGGCUUGACCAUACUUUCUCAACUAAAUGAAGUGGAAGGUCUACAUAUCAAGAAAGAUGGUGCUUGGAUUCCAAUUACACCUUUGCCAAAUGCCUUCGUUAUCAACGUUGGAGACAUGUUAGAGAUAGUGACGAAUGAAAUUUAUAAAGGUGUUGAACAUCGACCAGUGCUCAAUCCAAACAAGGAGAGACUAUCAAUUGCAACAUUUUUUAAACCAAAAAGGGACUAUUAUUUAAGUCCAGCAUCAAGCCUCAUCACUCCUCAAAAUCCUGUAAAAUUCAAGCAAAUUGGUACUGUUGCUGAUUACUUCAAGGGAUAUUUCAGUCAUAAACUUGUUGGAAAAUCGUACCUUGAUAGAAUGAGAUUAAAUUCCAACGACGAAGAGAAUACGGAUUAAUGUAAUACUUUGAAUAAUUGCAUGAUUUUAAUUUGUUGGUACUAGAUCCGAACACCUUAAGCGUGUUUGUAUGUAAAUAAAAUUGCUCUCGAAGGUUGUAAUAUUACAAAAUUACUCUAAUAAAAACUUCAAUUUGUAUGAA